GGACCACAACUCCCAGAGUGCUCCGCGUCCUCGCCGGUGUCGCCGCCGAGACCAAGAUGGCUGCAAGACUCGGCGCCUUCCUCAAGAAUGCCUGGGACAAGGAGCCAGUGCUGGUCGCGUCCUUCGUCAUCGGGGGCCUCGCUAUAAUUAUGCCCACAUUCAGCCCCUACGUCAAGUACUCCAUCAUGAUCAACGAGGCCACGCCCUACAACUACCCAGUGCCCGUCCGUGAUGAUGGGAACAUGCCGGACGUGCCCAGCCACCCCCAGGACCCUCAGGGCCCCAGCCUGGAGUGGCUGAAGAAACUGUGAGCACCUUCACUGACAGAGGCGGCCCCUCCCACGGCUCCCAAUAAAAAUGUGAACACCAACCCCA